CGCAUGCGCAGUGGGGCGGGAGCUUUCCUUAUUAUUUGGGCGGAUGGUUUGAACGCAGAGUCCUGUGGAGCCUGGCAAAGGAUGCCCGAAGGAGGGACUGGCUUUGGGGCUUCUUUUUGGUUACCCAAAGUCCAGUUUUCGUCCUCAUCUUCCCCUCAUUAACACUGGAGGCUGUGGCUCGUUUAUAUAAUGGCCUGUGGUCUACAGAAGCUGUUUUCUGUGGAGGCUGACUUUGAAGAUGAGGAUUUCCUGUUGGCAGUGAAGGAUGUGGAGAAGCAGGCCUUGGAUCCAGAACCUGCCAACUUAAGAUGUCUGAGACCCGUGUCGGCUGGUUUAAGAGCCUCCAGCAAUGCCCUUACAGUCGCUAAGGGCACUGGCUCCCUUGGCCCUUCUGUGGUUACAUCCCCUGUCUUGCAGGCUGAAAACUAUUCCAGGCUAAGAUUUCGGGAACACAGUUCCUCCAGUGAGGUCAAAAGCAACCAGACUUCUCCUCUGGUGGCCAGCUUCAAUGUUCGGAAGGACCAGGUAACUUCACCAGUUGAAAGCAAAUCAAGCUGCACUACAGGCACAAGGUUCAGAUUUGUGAAGAGACAGCCAGCUGUACUCCCCACUGGAAAUGCUCGCUAUGACAAGGAGAAUGAAAAUGAGCAUGUGCUGGCUGCAUCCAUGGGUUCUGAGAACUCUUAUACACGAUCACAUCCAGGAUUGUUUAGGUCUGACUGUAGAUCUCAGGAGCAGAUGAGGGACAACAGUAUAACAACAGCCAAGAAACCACGAGUGGCAAAUCCAGCGAUUCCAACCACUCCUGUUAGUACUGGGACCUCACAGUUGAAAAUAACUGAGGGACAAACUUCUGCAGUGGUCCUUGACUAUGUCCAACCAGUGGAGGCUUCUUCAAAGUUGACUUUGCAGUCUGCUGGUAUAGGAUCUUGCAUGGCCCAGUCUAACUUGGGAGUGAGCAGCAAUACAUAUACCCUUUUGAACUCUAACUGUCAGACCCAUAGGUCUCUUCAAACGUCUCUAGGUAAACCUCCUGGUGAGUGUAACAGCCCAUGCUUACCUUUGGUUAGACCCUGCUCCUCCUCCCUGUCAGCAAAUACCCCUCCAGGACAAUCCAAACCGUGGAUACCAAACCAGAACUUUUCUGUGUCUAGAAUAGCCAGUAGUGGUGGUCAGCUUCUUAGUGCAUAUGGUUCACCAACAUCAUCUGUGGAAAACACACCUGCCACCCCUAAAGCUCCCUGUACAGCAGUAGCUGCUGGAAACCUCCAGACUCCUGUGGUCACCAACCAUCUUGUUCGCUUGGUCACAGCAGCUAACCAGAAGCCUCAGCCAAUGGCCCAUACUGGUUUGCGGGCUAAGAUUCGUCGCUUCCCAGGACCUGCAGGCAUUCUGCCAAAUCAGCCUGAUGAGAAAAACUUGGAAGAGAUUCUCAUUACAACUCCACAGAUGCCAACUCAUGGGGCCUUAGCAAAGCUACAAAUUGAGGAAGUACCUACUUCCCAACAUCGAACAGAAGAUGAAUUUGAACGAGGUCCUUGGGCUGCUAUGAAAACCGAGUUGGGACUGGAUGAGAGAGAUUCAUCCUGCUUCCUUAGGACAUACAGCAUUGUUAUGGUGCUUCGUAAGGCAGCUUUGAAGCAACUCCCAAAGAACAAAGUUCCCAAUAUGGCAGUGAUGAUUAAGACACUGACAAGGACCAAUGUUGAUGCAGGUGCUGUAUUCAAAGAUCAUACUGGGGAAAUGCAGGGCACAAUACAUCGUCUGUUGCUGGAAGAGAAAGAGAGUGAAUUCAAGGCUGGUUCAGUGCUUCUGCUAAAACAGGUGGGUGUGUUCUCUCCAUCCCAUCGCAACCACUACCUCAAUGUGACACCUAGUAACUUGGUGAAGAUAUAUCUACCAGGAAUUAACAGUGGCACAUCCCCUCCAUUAUUCCAAGGCAUUAAGAAAGGAACAGCGAUGUUGCCAUCACAGGCUGAAACAGAAUGUCAGCAGGCGUCUCACAAAUGCCCUAGCACCCAUAACCACAAAAGACUGCUGGAGUGGAGAAAGAUGGGCCAAGGAUGAGAACUCUUCACGGAGUGUAUCAAUUAAAGGGUCACCAUUGACACCAGUAUCAGGGAUCUGUGGAGCAAGCAAAAUGGUUUUGAGUGUAUCAUCUACAAAGGCUGAUGGAGCUGAUUCAGAUGAUCUAGACCAGCUUCUUGGAGAACUACCUGAUGACUUUUUCUCCAGCAUGGAUGCAUAGAACAACCAACAACAGUUUUCUGGAGCUGAAAACAAGACUAUAACUGUGGUAGAAGACCAAGGAUGUGGCCCUGUGCCCAUGACAUUGACUUCCUUUUAUCUCUUACUGGAGGUAUUGUCUCUAGCAUGAAUAUUGGCUUUGUCAGGAAAAAAAGAAGAUCUUUCAUAGAAUAAGAAAAGCUGAUGCGUUUCAGCUGAUUGUUUAGAUACUGGAUGCCUGCUACAGUGUUGGUUGUUACGCAUGUUUUCCCACCUGUUUUUUUUUUUUUUUAAUGUAACUUUUGACCCUUGUUCAAAGACAUAGCCUUUCCAGCCACAGGGUAUCUGCUAGAAAUGUUAUGUCGGGGCUCAUCCAGCCUUGAGCAUCCACAGUGGACAUACUUCUACCUGUACUGCACUUUGCCUGGCUGUUGGAGCCAGCCAUGAUGGAAAUUUAAUAAGUGAAGCAGCUGCCAUUUUCCUCUGAUUUGAAAUGUCAUCUUUUCUGAUGCCUGCUUUGGUGUCAUAUUAUGUACCUUCUUCGACACAACACAGUCUGUCUUGUAAAUAAUCUUAUGGGAUAUAGGCAGCUGACAAUCAUUAAAAAACAUAGUUCCAUGUAAGUGAAUUUCAGUGAUACAUUAUUGUAAAAAAUGCAUUUGGGAAAGGAGGAUCUUGAGUGUGUUUUGCCUUUUAAGUUAAUCCUCUUUAUUUGGUUGCAACAGUUAAAACAACUCAUCUUGUCUUUUUGGGUAGUCUAGAAGAAGAUGGCAAUAAAUGAGUAAAAAC